AUGAAUAGGCAUACCUUUAUGCGGUUGUGUGGGCUUAUUAGAACAAGGGGCGUGUCAGAUUCAAAAUAUGUUGUGUUAGAGGAAAAGGUUGCUAUGUUCUUGACUGUGCUUGGGAACCACCAUAAAAAUCGAAAUGUCAAAUUCAAUUUUAUAAGGUCUGGUCAAACAGUUAGUAAGUAUUUCAAUGAUGUCCUUAAGGCUGUGCUUCGACUGCAAGGUGUCUUACUGAAGACACCUGAACCAAUAACUGUUUGGUGCACAGAUGAUAAGUGGAGGUGGUUUCAGAAUUGUCUUGGUGCAAUUGAUGGCACUCAUGUUAAAGCGCUAGCUCCUGCAGUAGAUAAAACAAGGUAUAGAUCAAGAAAAGGUGAAAUGGCGACUAAUGUCUUGGGUGUUUGCUCCCAUGACAUGCAGUUCAUAUAUGUCUUACCUGGAUGGGAAGGUUCCGCUUCAGAUUCUAGAGUACUUAGAGAUCCCAUAAGUAGACCAAAUGGAUUGAGAGUGCCAACGGGUUCCUACUAUCUAGUUGAUGCGAGCUAUACUAAUGGGGAGGGCUUUUUAGCACCUUAUAAAGGACAACGUUACCAUUUGUCUACUUGGAGAGAAAGGGGUGCCCCCAACUAA